GAGAAACGUGCUACUGAAGCAGCGGGGUAGCAGCAGUAUCCGUAUCAUCGACUUUGGUUCCUCGUGUUACGUGCACCAGCGGGUCUACACCUACAUCCAGAGUCGCUUCUACCGCUCCCCGGAGGUCAUCCUGGGCCUUCCCUACGGCCUACCCAUCGAUAUGUGGAGCUUAGGUUGCAUCCUGGCGGAGCUGUACACAGGCUACCCACUCUUCCCCGGAGAGAACGAGGUGGAGCAGCUGGCCUGCAUCAUGGAGGUCCUCUCACUGCCCCACCCCACCUCCUCAUUGCUGCCUCCAGGCGCAGGCUCUUCUUCG